CACUCAAAAACCCUAGUUAAACAAUCAACCAAAUCAUCCCUAAUUUGAAGGAUUUCAAGAUGUUGGCAAUGGCGGUUCGAUUGAGGAAACUGCAAAGUGUAAGAACCCUAACUGGAAACCGAUCAUACUCUACUGCUACGAUUACUCAGAGUGAAAGUAACGACAGUAGCAAGAAGAUUAAGAAGGCGUCAUUGUACUCGAGAAUAAGCCCGCUCGGAAACCCUAGUUUGGCGAUGACACCGGAGCUAGAUGAUUGGAUCAGAAAAGGAAAGAAGGUGCGACACUCUGAGCUGAAGCAAAUUAUUCAUGAUCUACGCAAGCGUAGACGGUUCCAUCAUGCUUUGGAGGUUUCAGAGUGGAUGAACAAGAAUGGCGUUUGUGCAUUUACACCAGUAGACCAUGCAGUGCAGUUGGACCUUAUCGGUAAGGUCCAUGGCUUCCUCGAGGCCGAAAAAUACUUCAAUUCCCUAACCGAACAAGAUAAAACCGAUAAAACAUACGGUGCCCUUCUCCAUUGUUACGUCCGCCAGCGUGAAACCGAGAAAUCCCUCUCCCACUUUCAAAAAAUGAAGGAAAAAGGCUUCGGUUUAUCACCUGUUGCAUUUAACGACAUCAUGUGCCUUCAUAUACGCACCAACCAAACCAACAAGGUUCAUGACGUCUUAGACGACAUGAAAAAGAACGGAGUCUCUCCCGACAACUUAACCUACAGAAUGUGUAUCAAUUCGUAUGGAGACAAUACCGACAUCGAGGGCAUGGAAAAGAUUUUGACAGAAAUGGAGAAAGAUCCAAAUAUCACCAUGGAUUGGAACACAUACACAGCUGUGGCAAACAGUUAUAUUAAAGGAAACCUUAUAGAUAAGGCGAAAAACGCCUUAAAGAAAGCCGAAAACCGUCUCGAAAAAGACGCUCUCGGGUACAACCAUCUGAUCUCGAUAUGCGCACGGCUGGGAAACAAAGACGACGUUCUUAGAUUGUGGGGCCGUUUGAAGUCCACGUGCAAGAGGCAGAUUAACAGAGAAUAUAUCACAAUGGUAACAUCUUUGGUAAGACUUGGUGAGUUUGAAGAAGCCGAAAAGCUUCUGCUCGAGUGGGGCUCCUCGGGAAACGUUUAUGAUUUCCGGGUCCCGUUGAUUAUCGUUGACGGGUAUCUCGAGAACGGUUCGUGCGAUAAAGCGAAGGAUUUGCUCGAUAACUUGUUGAAAGAAGGAAAGACGACAACGGCCGAUAGUUGGGGGAGAGUGGCGAUCGAGUUUUUGAAGAAAGGUGAGAUCGAGAAAGCGAGAAAUUGUAUGGAAUCUGCGGUUUCUUUGCCGUUGGAGAAGAAAGAUUGGAAAAUGGAUUCAAAAGUUGUCGAGAAGUUGUUAGAUGGCAUCGGUGAGAAAGAAAGCGUCAAAAAGGUCGAAUCUUUUGUGCUAAAAUUGAAGAAAUUUGUGGCAUUUGAUAGAAAGAUGUAUCAUUGCUUGAUGAAAGCUUACAUCAAUGGUGGUAAAGAAGUGAGCAAGGUUUUGGAUGAUAUGAAAGCAGAUGGAAUUGAAGAAGAUGAAGAAACAAAGAAGAUUCUUGGAUUGCAGCAGAAGAAUGUUUGAAGAUUCAAAGAAGUUUGUGAUGAUUCCAUGAUGGUGAAAUGACAAGAUUACCCUU